AUGGCUGGGAAGCAGGACAAGGGACAGGUCGCUCGGCAGCUGGCUGACUCGCUGCGGGGCACUGUGGAGACUGCCCAGGGCAAGGUCGACAUUGGUGGCGAGUUGGCGUGGCUGGACUACACGCGAGGCAAGGACCUGGCCCGCCACCUGCGCGCCAAGCCCGAUCUUAUGGAGCAGCUGGUCAGGCCUCCGGGGCCCGACCGCACUGUGGAUGACCUGGUGGGCGACGUGGUGGUGCAGCUGCUGCAGCGGAAGCUGCUGAUGGCCUGCGACCGCAAGUUCAAGAAGCCCAAGCCAGGCAGGACCAAGCUGGUCAAGUGGCCGCGCACCCUGGAGGCAGCUCAGGAUCACUCCUGGCGCGAGGAUGGGUUUUACGCGUGGACCUAUGACAAGCCCACCUCGGCCUGGUUCUACGUGGGCAGCGGCCUGGUGGUGGUGGCUGUGCUGGGUGCCACACUCUUCCCCCUGGCGCCCUACUGGGUCAGGCUGUGGGUGCUGUACGCGCUGACGGCAGUGCUGUUACUGAUGCUGGGGACGAUCGCGCUGCGCUACGCUGUAUUUUGCACCGUGUGGGUUGUCACUGGCCACCACCUCUGGAUCAUGCCCAACCUCAUGUCAGAAAAACUGCCCAUCAAUGAGAUCUUCACCCCCCUGCUGGACUUUGAGAAGGCUGAGCCGGCCAAGGCACAGUACGUUGGGCGAGCCAUCACACUGCUGCUGCUGCUGGGCGGGGGGUACGCGCUUCACCGCAAGGUCCCUGACGCAGGCUCCAUGAAGAAGGGUGUGCGCGAGGCCGGGAGCAGCUUCAUGGAGUACCUGGACCUGAUGGCGUCAAAGCAGGCACUCGCUGGUGGCAACGCUACCGCCGCAGGCAACGCAACUGCCAACUCAUCGGGCAACAGCAGCAGCGCGGGGUCUUCGGCAGCGGGCAGUGGCGGUGGCUCCAACAAGCAGCGGGAGCCGACGGCGGCGGCUAACGAGCAGAAGCAGCAAGAGGGUGGCAGAGGCAGCUCUGCUGGUGGCAGCAGCAAGACCGAGCUUUGA